AAACAGCUCAGACUUGAGGCUUGCAGCAGGCCGAGGAGGAAGAAGGGGCCGUGGGAGCAGAGGAGGUGGCUCCUGCCUCACUGAGGGUUCUGAGGGUCCCUGCCCGAGGAGGCAGAGGGGAUCUGGGCUUGGGACUCUGGAAUGCAGCCCCCUUUCCUGCUGCUGCUACUGUGUCACUCAGCCAUCGGGAUUAGAGAGCUGCAGUGUGGGAGUUUCCCAGAACCCUGUGCCAACGGAGGCACUUGCCUGAACCUAUCUCAGGGGCAAGGGACCUGCCAGUGCGCCCCUGGCUUCCUGGGUGAGACAUGCCAGUUUCCUGACCCCUGCCAGGAUGCCCAGCUCUGCCAGAAUGGAGGCAGCUGUCAAGCUCUGCUGCCUGCCCUCACAGGCUCCCCCAGUGGCCCCUCUCUCAUGGUCCUCAGCUUCUUCUGCACCUGCCCCUCUGGCUUCACUGGUGAGAGGUGCCAGGCCCAGCUCAAGGACCCCUGUUCUUCCUUCUGUUCCAAAAUGGGCAGCUGCCACAUCCAGGCCUCGGGCCGUCCACAGUGCCUCUGCAUGCCUGGCUGGAUAGGUGAGCAGUGCCAGUUUUGGGACUUCUGCUCGGCCAACCCCUGCGCCAAUGGAGGGGCAUGUCUGGCCACAUACCCCCAGAUCCAGUGCCGCUGCCCACCUGGCUUCGAGGGACAUGCCUGUGAACACGAUGUGAACGAGUGUUUCCUGGACCCGGGACCCUGCCCCAAGGGCACCUCCUGCCACAACACCCUGGGGUCCUUCUGGUGUCUCUGCUCCCCUGGGCGGGAGGGCCCACCCUGUGGGCUCCAACCAGGGCCUUGCCCCACCAGGGGCUGUUUUAAUGGGGGCACCUGCCAGCUGGUUCCAGGGAGGGACUCCACCUUCCACCUGUGCCUCUGCCCCCCAGGUUUCACAGGCCUGGACUGUGAGAUGAAUCCAGACAACUGUGUCGGCCACCAAUGUCAGAAUGGGGCCACUUGCCAAGAUGAGCUGGACACCUACACCUGCCUCUGCCCAGAGGCCUGGACAGGCUGGGAUUGCUCUGAAGAUGUGGAUGAAUGUGAGGCCCAGGGUCCCCCUCGCUGCAGAAAUGGGGGAACCUGCCAAAACUCGGCUGGUGGCUUCCACUGCGUGUGUGUGAGUGGCUGGGGAGGGACAGGCUGUGAGGAGAACCUGGAUGACUGUGUCGCUGCCACCUGUGCCCCAGGAGCCACCUGCAUCGACCGUGUGGGCUCCUUCUCCUGCCUCUGCCCACCUGGCCGCACAGGCCUCCUGUGUCACAUGGAGGACAUGUGUCUGAGCCAGCCGUGCCACAGGGAAGCCCAGUGCAGCACCAACCCCCUGACAGGAUCCACACUCUGCCUGUGUCAGCCUGGCUACUCAGGGCCCACCUGCCAUCAGGACCUGGACGAGUGUCAGAUGGCCCAGCAAGGCCCCAGUCCCUGUGAGCACGGCGGCUCCUGCCUCAACACCCCCGGCUCCUUUGACUGCCUCUGUCCCCCUGGCUACACGGGCUCCCGCUGUGAGGCUGAUCAUAAUGAGUGCCUGUCCCAGCCCUGCCGCCCUGGUAGCACCUGCUUGGACCUGCUCGCCGCCUUCCACUGCCUGUGCCCACCAGGCUUAGAAGGACGGCUCUGUGAGGUGGAGAUUGAUGAAUGUGCCUCAGCUCCUUGCCUGAACCAGGCUGACUGCCACGACCUGCUCAAUGGCUUCCAGUGUGUCUGCCAGCCAGGAUUCUCCGGCUCCCAGUGUGAGGAGGACAGCGACGAGUGUGGAAGCUCUCCCUGUGCCAAUGGCGGGCGCUGCCAGGACCAGCCUGGAUCCUUCCAUUGCGAGUGUCUCCCAGGCUUUGAAGGCCCGCGCUGCCAGGCAGAGGUGGACGAGUGCCUGAGAGGCCCGUGCCCUGUGGGAGCCAGCUGCCUUGACCUCCCAGGAGCCUUCUUUUGCCUCUGCCCAGCAGGCUUCACAGGUAAUCUCUGUGAGGUCCCCUUGUGUGCCCCUAACCUGUGCCAGCUCAAGCAGAAGUGCCAGUACGAGGAGGACAAGGCCCACUGUCUCUGCCCCGAUGGAAGUCCUGGCUGUGCUCCCCCUGAGGACAGCUGUGCCUGCCACCAUGGGCACUGCCAGAGAUCAUCAUGUGUGUGUGACAUGGGUUGGACAGGACUGGAGUGUGAGGCUGAGCUGGGGGGCUGCAUCUCCAUGCCCUGUGCCCAUGGGGGGACCUGCCAACCCCAGCCCUCUGGCUUCAACUGCACCUGCCCCACAGGCUACACAGACAGCAUUCGCCUCCCAGGGCCCAGUUGCAAUGAGAAGGUGACAGCUUGUCACUCAGGGCCCUGUCUCAAUGGCGGCUCCUGCAGCCCCAGCCCUGGAGGCUAUGCCUGCACCUGCCCCCCGAGCCACACUGGGCCCCGCUGCCAGACCAGCACUGACCACUGUGCCUCUGCCCCAUGCCUCAAUGGGGGUACCUGUGUGAAAAGGCCUGGCACCUCCUCCUGCCUCUGUGCCAUGGGCUUCCAGGGCCCACGCUGUGAGGGGAAGGUCCAUCCCAGCUGUGCAGACAGCCCCUGUAGGAACAGAGCAACCUGCCAAGAUGGCCCUCAGGGUCCCCACUGCCUCUGCCCCCCUGGCUACACAGGAGGCAGCUGUCAGGCUCUGCUAGACUUAUGUGCUCAGAAGCCCUGUCCGCACAAUUCCCACUGCCUCCAGACUGGGCCCUCCUUCCAGUGCCUGUGCCUCCCAGGAUGGACUGGGCCUCUCUGCAACCUUCCUCUGUCCUCCUGCCAGACGGCAGCUCUGAGCCAAGCCAUGGAAGUCUCUUCCCUGUGCCAGAAUGGAGGCCUCUGCAUCGAUAGCGGCCCCUCCUAUUUCUGCCACUGCCCCCCUGGAUUCCAAGGCAAUAUAUGCCAGGACAGGGUGAAUCCAUGUGAGUUCAAGCCCUGCCAGCAUGGAGGUACCUGCACAGUCCAGUCUAAUGGGUAUUUCUGCCAGUGUGUCCCAGGCUACAGUGGACAGAACUGCUCAAAGGAAUCUGAUGCUUGUCAAUCCCAGCCCUGUCACAACCAUGGGACCUGUACCCCCAAACCUGGAGGCUUCUACUGCACUUGCCCACCAGGUUUUGUGGGGCUGCGCUGUGAGGGGGAUGUGGAUGAGUGUCUGGACCAGCCCUGCCACCCUUCAGGCACAGCAGCCUGCCACUCUCUGGCCAAUGCCUUCUACUGCCAGUGUCUACCUGGACACACAGGCCAGUGGUGUGAAGUGGAGAUAAACCCCUGCCAGAGUCAGCCCUGCUCCCAUGGAGGGUCUUGUGAGGCCAUAGCAGGACCACCUCCAGGUUUCACCUGCCACUGCCCCCAGGGUUUUGAAGGCUCCACUUGCAGCCAAAGAGCCCCUUCCUGUGGCGUCUAUUACUGCCACCAUGGUGGCCUGUGUCUGCCUGCUUCCAAGCCUGGCUUCCCACCCCGCUGUGCCUGCCUCAAUGGCUAUGGGGGCCCUGACUGCCUGACCCCACCUGCUCCACAAGGCUGUGGCCCUCCUUCUCCAUGCCUACACAAUGGCAGUUGCUCAGAGACUCCCGGGUUGGGUGGCCCAGGCUUUCGAUGCUCCUGCCCUCCCAGCUCUCCAGGGCCCCGGUGUCAGAGGCCAGGAGCAAAGGGAUGUGAAGGCAGAGGUGGAGAUGGGGCCUGCGACGCUGGCUGCAGUGGCCCAGGAGGAAAUUGGGAUGGGGGGGACUGCUCUCUGGGGGUCCCAGACCCCUGGAAGGGCUGCCCCUCCCACUCCCGGUGCUGGCUUCUCUUCCGGGAUGGGCAGUGCCACCCGCAGUGUGACUCUGAAGAGUGUUUGUUUGAUGGCUACGACUGUGCCAUUCCUCCAGCCUGCACUCCAGCCUACGACCAGUUCUGCCGUGAUCACUUCCACAAUGGGCACUGUGAGAAAGGCUGCAACACUGCAGAAUGCGGCUGGGAUGGGGGUGACUGCAGGCUCGAAGAUGGGGAUUCAGAGUGGGGGCCCUCCCUGGCCCUGCUGGUGGUGUUGAGCCCCCCAGCCCUGGACCAGCAGCUGCUUGCCCUGGCCCGGGUGUUAUCCCUGACCCUGAGGGUGGGGCUCUGGGUGAGGAAGGAUAAUGAUGGCAGGGACAUGGUGUACCCCUAUCCUGGGGCCCAGGCUGAAGAGGAACUAGGAGGAACUCCAGACUACUCUUAUCAGGAGAGAGCAACCCCUCAACCACAGCCUGUGGGCAAGGAGACAGACUCCCUCAGCACUGGGUUCGUUGUGGUGAUGGGUGUGGAUUUGUCCCACUGUGUCCCUGACCACCCUGCAACCCGCUGUCCCUGGGACCCUGGGCUCCUGCUCCGCUUCCUUGCUGCAAUGGCCGCAGUAGGGGCCUUGGAGCCCCUAUUGCCGGGACCCCUGUUGGCUGCCCACCCUCGUGCAGGCAUGGCACCCCCCACCAACCAGUUUCCUUGGCCUGUGCUGUGGUCGCCAGUGGCCGGGGUGCUUCUCCUGGCCCUUGGGGCUCUUCUCGUCCUCCAGCUCAUCCGGCGCCGCCGCAGAGAGCAUGGGGCUCUCUGGCUGCCGCCUGGGUUCACUCGAAAGCCUCGGACUCAGCCAGCUCCCCGCAGACGCCGGCCCCCCCUGGGCGAGGACAGCAUAGGCCUCAAGGCACUGAAACCAGAGGCAGAAGUUGAGGAUGGAGUUGUGAUGUGCCCUGGCCCCGAGGAAGGAGAGGAGCCUGAAGAAAUGUCCUCACCCUCCAAGUGUCAGCUCUGGCCUCUGAGCGGUGACUGUCAGGAGCUCCCCCAGGCAGCCAUGCUGACUCCUCCCCAGGAAUCUGAAAUAGAUGUCCCUGAUGUGGACACCCGUGGACCUGAUGGGGUGACUCCUCUGAUGUCAGCAGUCUGCUGUGGGGGAGUGGAGUCCAGGACCUUCCAGGGGGCAUGGCUGGGAAGCCCUGAGCCCUGGGAACCUCUGUUGGGUGGAGGGGCCUGUCCCCAGGCUCACACUGUGGGCACUGGGGAGACCCCCCUACACCUGGCUGCCCGAUUCUCCCAGCCAACUGCUGCCCGCCGCCUCCUUGAGGCUGGAGCCAACCCUAACCAGCCAGACCGAGCAGGGCGCACCCCCCUUCAUACUGCUGUGGCUGCUGAUGCUCAGGAGGUCUGCCAGCUCCUACUCCACAGCAGACAGACUGCAGUGGAUGCGAGGACAGAGGAUGGGUCUACAGCCCUGAUGCUGGCUGCCAGGCUAGCAGUGGAGGAUCUGGUUGAAGAACUGAUUGCAGCCCAAGCAGAUGUGGGAGCCAGAGAUAAAUGGGGAAAAACCGCGCUGCACUGGGCCGCCGCUGUGAACAACGCCCGGGCCGCCCGCUCCCUCCUCCAGGCCGGAGCCGAUAAAGACGCCCAGGACAGCAGGGAGCAGACCCCACUGUUCCUGGCGGCCCGAGAGGGGGCGGUGGAGGUGGCCCAGCUGCUGCUGAGUCUGGGGGCUGCCAGAGGACUGCGGGACCAGGCUGGGCUAGCGCCCGGGGAUAUCGCCCGCCAGCGCAACCACUGGGAUCUGCUGACGCUGCUGGAAGGAGCGGAGCCACCGGAGGCGCAUCACAAAGCCACGCCGGGCCGUGGAGCGGAGGCCUUCCCGCGCGCGCGGACCGCGUCGGGCAGCGCUCCCCAACGCGGUGGCGGGGCUCUGCAGCGCUACCGUACGCUGUCAGCCGGAGCAGGCCCGCGUGGGAGCAGAGCAUGUCUGCAAGCGCGGACUUUGUCCGUAGACUUGGCCGCGCAUGGGGGCGGAGCGUACUCGCAUUGCCGGAACCUAUCGAAAGGAGGGGCAGGAGGAGGCCCGCCCUCCCGUGGUCAUCGGUGUUCUGCAGGCAUGCGCGGUGCUCGGCCCAACCCUGCGUUAGUGCGAGGAAGAUACGGGGUCGCGGCCGGAAGCGGGGGUGUGGCUUCAGCUGACGAUUGGCCCUGCGAUUGGGUGGCCCAGGGAGCCUGCGAUCCUACCUCCAAUACUCCGAUCCCGCCUCCUUGCCUUACUCCCUCCCCGGAGAGAGGAUCCCCUCAAGUUGCCUGGGCUCCCCCAGUCCACCAACUAUUACCUUUAAAUGCGGGAGGCGAGGGUCAAAAAUAGAAGGCUACGUGGCAGGGAGGGAUUCUAAAAGAGUACAGGCAGGCAGUCUGGACGGCCUCCAUUUUUUAAAUCCUGGAGUCCCGUUGGUGGGGGUCACGUGUCCCUCCCAAAAUGAGUGUGUACCCACUCAGAAUCGUCAUCUUCCACGUGGAGAAGCUGUAACACUGGAAAGCGGGUUUAGGGUGCUGGGAUGAAGCGAGCCCAGCCCUCAGAAAGUAAGAGUGAGGGACUACAGGAGGGUGGUCUACGGUGGGGGAACUAACUGAACUGGAAUCAAGAACUGCAGACAUACAGGAUGUUAUAAGAUGUUCUUUCCUGUAUAUGGUUUCUAAAGGAAGCGUGUACUACCCGUCACCCCCAGUACCCACAAACGACUAACAAGUAUUUAUUGAGCACCUACUGUGUGCCAGGCACUGUGUAGGUGCUGAAGAGGUUGGGGGGUGCCAAGGGCCACUCCAGCUGAUGAUUCCUUGCAUUCCCCCACCCCAAACAAACCACGGCAAGGAUGAAGCACCCGUUUUCUAGCUACCAUUCUAUUUAAGAGCUCCAAAUCUGUCACCCUCUAAUAAAGUUGAUUUGCAGUGUUA